GGAGCUGCCUAGCUCGGCUGGAGCCCCGCCCGAUUUCCUUCGACCGCCGCCUAGCCCCGGCGCGUAGUUAUGAAGGCGGAUGCCUCCGCCCCCCUGACCUCUCAUUGGUGCGGCUCGGAUUCGGGGCAGCCAUUGGCUGGACGGACGCACACCCUUCCCCCACCCCUAGAUGGGGGCGGUAGUGCAGACUCCGGAGGGGCUGCCGGACGACGCAGCGUGCGCGCAGGUUGCGGGGUUUGGGGUGACCCCAGAGGGGCCGACACUCACGCCUGGUGCGGAGUACUGGGAGAAAUCUGGAAACGGCAACCAGGUCUGGCCCCGGGAUAGAGACUCAGACCUGGUCCUGCGUUGCGGCCCUGGAGUGGUUGUACUGGCUAGGGAGACCGGGGACAAACGGUGGUGGGCCGGGAGCCUGUGGGUGGAGCCAAGAUCUGGGGUCCUGGGAGACCGAGACCCAGCCUAGAAUGGAGCAUUCAUAAGGCUCUGUGCUGGUGUCUGAUUUGAGGGCCUCAGACCGGUCCCUACAGGUUUUAAGGGUGGGGCAGAUUCACGGGUAUUAAAGGAGUGGCCCAGAGCAGCGGGCAGAGGUAGAUCCUCAGGGAGAAUAUUCAUGGGGGCGUGUCCCAGGCUGCUGCGAGCCUGAGAAAGGUGACAAACUAGUCAGGCAACUGGGUUGAACUGCCCAAAGGUGAGCAGUUAGGAGGUUGGAACCUUCUACGGAGCCAGACCGAGAAGGGGCUCAGUCUUGGCUCACCUUCUUCCUGGAGGAAACUCGGCCAGACACCCAGAGGCUGGUCCAGGAGCGGAUCACAAGCCAAGAGCCUAGGAGUGCUUGGAACUGAACCAGGGUCAUGGCCCCACCACCACCACUGCCAGUGGCUGCCAGCACUCCAAUCCUGCAUGGCGAGUUUGGUUCCUACCCGGCCCAUGGCCCACGGUUUGCCCUCACCCUCACAACACAAGCCCUACACAUACAGCGACUACGCCCAAAGCCAGAAGCCCGGCCCAGAGAUGGUCUAGUCUCUCUGGACGAGGUCUCGGGCUGUGGCACGCUGCAGAGCCGUAGCCCCGAGGACACUGCAGCCUACUUCUGCAUCUACACCUACCCACGUGGCCGUCGAGGGGGCCGGCGAAGAGCUACUCGGACCUUUCGGGCCGAUGGGGCCACCACUUAUGAGGAGAAUCGUGCAGAGGCCCAGCGCUGGGCCACUGCCCUCAUGUGUCUCCUCCGAGGAGUGCCUCUGUCAGGGGACCAGGAAAUCACCCCUGAAUUGCUGCCCCGGAAGCCCAGGCUGCUCAUAUUGGUCAAUCCUUUUGGGGGGCGGGGCCUGGCCUGGCAGCGCUGUAUGGACCACGUGGUGCCCAUGAUCUCUGAAGCUGGGCUGUCCUUCAACCUCAUACAGACAGAACGACAGAACCAUGCCCGUGAGCUGGUGCAGGGGUUAAGCCUGAGUGAGUGGGAAGGCAUUGUCACUGUGUCUGGAGACGGGCUGCUUUACGAGGUGCUGAAUGGGCUCCUUGAUCGGCCAGACUGGGAAGACGCCGUGCGGAUGCCCAUUGGUGUCCUCCCCUGUGGCUCGGGCAAUGCACUAGCUGGGGCGGUGAACCAUCAUGGCGGGUUUGAGCAGGUUGUCGGUGUUGACCUGUUGCUCAACUGCUCGCUUCUUCUCUGCCGUGGUGGCAGCCAUCCUCUGGACCUGCUCUCUGUGACGCUAGCCUCAGGAUCCCGCUGUUUUUCCUUUCUGUCAGUGGCCUGGGGAUUCUUGUCAGAUGUGGACAUUCAUAGUGAGCGCUUCAGGGCCCUGGGCAGCGCUCGAUUCACACUGGGUGCAGUGCUAGGCCUGGCCUCGUUGCAUACCUACCGUGGACGCCUCUCCUAUCUCCCCGCUACCACAGAACCAGCCUUGCCCAUCCCAGGCCACAGUCUGCCUAGAGCCAAGUCAGAACUAGUCUUGGCUCCAGCCCCAGCCCCAACCGCCACCCACUCGCCUCUACAUCGAUCUGUGUCUGACCUGCCCCUGCCCCUUCCCCAGCCUGCCUUGGUCUCCCCUGGCUCCCCUGAGCCCCUGCCUGACCUGUCCCUCAAUGGUGGUGGUCCAGAGCUGACUGGAGACUGGGGAGGAGCUGGGGAUGCACCUCUGUCCCCAGACCCACUGCUGCCUUCAUCCCCCAACGCUCUCAAAACAGCUCAGCUUUCACCCAUCGCUGAAGGGCCCCCAGAAAUGCCAGCUUCCUCGGGGUUCCUGCCUCCCACCCACAGUGCUCCAGAAGCCUCUACCUGGGGCCCGACGGACCACCUCCUCCCUCCCCUGGGCUCUCCACUGCCCCAAGACUGGGUGACCAUAGAGGGGGAGUUUGUACUCAUGUUGGGCAUCUUGCCGAGCCACCUCUGCGCAGACCUGAUGGCGGCCCCACAUGCACGCUUUGAUGAUGGCGUGGUGCACCUGUGUUGGGUGCGGAGCGGCAUCUCACGGGCUGCGCUUCUACGCAUUUUACUGGCCAUGGAGCAUGGAAACCACUUCAGCCUGGGCUGUCCACAUCUGGGCUAUGCUGCAGCACGUGCCUUCCGCCUUGAACCACUCACGCCUCGUGGCCUGCUUACUGUAGAUGGGGAGUUAGUAGAGUAUGGGCCAAUACAGGCGCAGGUGCACCCAGGUCUCGCCACGCUGCUCACUGGGCCUGCAGGUCAAAAGCCGCAGGCCUGAAUGAGCCUAAAAGCAUCCCGAGUUGGUGGAACCAGCGCCCCAUAGGCUAAGAUAUAUCUUUUAUAGGUAGAAGUAGGGCCCGCACUCAGAACUGUGAGGAGGGUGGAGAGUGGUCCUGACCCUCAGUUCCCAGAGGACCUAGAGGCUUGAGGGUGGGGCCUGCCUUUCUUGAUGUCCAAUGAUGGGGCCUGGAAUGUAUGAGCUAGCAAGGCUUCUUCAGCUUAAUGUCCAGCCAGGGUUUCUUCUUGCCUACUCCGGUGCCUCUAUUUGACUGGCCAAUCAGCCCUUGAGGGGCAGGUUCCCCCAGGUGGUCCCCAGAUUUGCACUAAUGUUCCUCCCCUGGCCAGUUAGGGAUGGGAUGUUCUGUGUCUUGUGUGUCCCUCUCCCUAGUCUAAAAAGCAAUUGAAAAGGUCUAUGCAAUAAAGGUGUUGCUUUCCUCUAGGCCUUCACCCCUUCCACCUGA